GGAAAGCAAAAAUGGAAGCAUUUGCGCGAUGCAUAUAUCAAAGCCCGCAAGCGUAUGCAGGGAUAUGUGCAAAGUGGAUCCGGAGCAGAAGCAGGACAUCCGCUGAAGAGCACUUUUGCUCAUUACGAGAAAAUGAGAUUUCUCGAUGACAUUUUGAACACAGUAUCGACCGUCAACUCUCUGCCAGAGUUUGUGCAAAAUUCGUCACACAGCAGCAACAGUGGUGUUCAUGAAGAUGUGUCGUUGGAUGUCUCCAUGAGCUAUCCAGAAAAUGACGAUGACAGAACAGACAUUACCACAGAUACAGAACGUCCGCAGUCUGCGACUUCUAAUGUAUCGACAUCGGCCAACAAAAACAAAAAAGCAAAGAAAGCACAGCUGCAAGAUGCAUUUUUAGAAAUGCUAAAAACAGCACCGCAGCAACAAAGAGAUGUGGUGGACAGCUUCGUGGAGCAGUUGGCUGAUAUUUUACGCCGUCUGCCAUAUCCCAAGCGUCGAAGUCUGCAAAGAAGGCUUAUGGAUUUGGCGAUUGAAGAAGAGGAAAUGAUGGAGGCACAACGAGGAUUGAACUAGUUUAUUUUUACUCA